AUGGCGAUUCUAACCAAUCAAGACAAAGAGAAAAUUAAAAGAGCAAUUCCCAAGGCGAAUAACAAAAUAAUUGAUGCUACUGUGGCAAGAUUAUAUAUAGCAUAUCCAGAUCCUACAAAAUGGGAAUACACAGGAUUAGUAGGAGCAAUCGCUUUAGUGGAUGAUUUAGUAGGUCAUACAUUCUUUUUAAAACUUGUUGAUAUAAUCGGAAGUCGAGGUGUUAUUUGGGAUCAAGAAUUAUAUGUAAACUUUGAAUAUAAUCAAGAUCGUCGUUUCUUUCAUACUUUUGAAAUUGAAGAUUGUUUAGUUGGUUUAUUAUUUGAAGAUACAAAUGAUGCCACUCAUUUUUUUAAAAGAGUAACAACUAGACAGAAACAUGGAUCUAGUGCAACUGUGAAAAAUAAGAACGCAAUAGCAUUAAAAGAAAGAGUUGGACCAACAGGUCCAAAUGCACCUGGACCUAGAGGCGAAUUUAUGGAUGUCAACACAGCACAGAGGCAACGAAGAUCCAAAGGUGUGAUAUACUAUGACGGGCUCCCUCCUCCAGAAUGGAGAUCAUUGUAUGCGGAAUUGGAAGCUGCAGGGAUCUCAGAAGAUAUGAUUGCCGAGAAUCGAGAAUUUAUUAAAGAUUAUAUUGCAAAACAGGGAGGCCCAUUGGUUGGUCUAGAACCACCUAUUCCCAGAAAAUUCCAACGGAAAGUUGAACAGGAAACCCAACCUGCUAGAGUUCUGUCGAUUACUUCAAGUAAACACAAGAAAGCUCGUCCUCCCCCUCCACCUCCAGGUCAACCCCCAGUUAGUCCAGCUCCAGAGUCAAGUUCACCAACUCCACCAGUAGAAUAUACUUCAUCACCAACCCCACCACCUGCACAAACACAAGGCGAAGAAGCCACUCCAGAACCGGCUGAAGAACCAGUUAAAAAGAAGUAUACUUUCAGAGUUCCACCUGCAACAGCAUUGCCUCCCCCGAUCAGAACGGCAUCAUUAUCAGAACAAGAGAGACCUCUACCUGGACUUCCACAACUGCCUGUAUACGGACACCAGCAGCAACAAGCACCAGAGCAACCGCAUAUAUUUGGAGUUCCACCGCCAUUUCAAGGAGGUGCUCCACCAGUGGCCCCAGCACUGCCAACAAAACAGCAAUAUUUACCACCGCAAACUAAUCAAAAUGGUCCACGGAAAUUUGCUGUUCCACCCCCAUUCCAAGGGGGAGGACCACCAGCACCACUCCAAUUCCAAGGGGGAGGACCACCGGCACCACCUCCAAGAGCUGGAAUGCCACCACCACCGCCACCAAAUCGAGGAAACUUUCCACCUCCACCGCAGCCACCCAAUAGAGCGAGUGGCUUUCCACCACCUCCACCACCACCAGGUCGUACAGCUAGUCAAACAGGUGCUCCACCACCUCCACCACCUCCCAGAGCUGCUAGAGGUGCUCCUCCUCCUCCACCGCCUCCCAGAGUACAAAGAACUGGUAGUGCACAUCUGCCAUCUCCCAGCGCGCCAUAUAUACCACCAAAUAUGAAUCAACAAGCCCCUCCUAUGCCUGCUGCAAGACAAGAAUUCCAACCUCAACCUUAUGGGGCACAACCUCAACCAUAUGGGACUCAACCUCCUCCACCGCCACCUUCAUUCAACCAACCUAUUCCUGCUCAAAAUGUCCCACCGCCACCACCACCUCCACCCGUGCAGCAAUAUACACAAGCAGCUCCCCCACCACCACCUCCACCAAUGGCUCCAAGUGUGACUUCUGGAGGAGGAGCUCCCCCACCACCACCUCCGCCAAUGCCACCAAGCAUGGCCCAACCAGCUACUGGAGCAGGGGCUCCACCACCACCACCGCCGCCUCCACCAGCAAUGUUGGACCUGACCCCUUCACGUCCUGAAGUCACCGGAGAUGCCGGAAGAGAUGCAUUAUUGGCUUCAAUCAGAGGUUCUGGGAUUGGAGGAUUACGAAAAGUGGAUAAAUCGCAAUUGGACAAACCGAGUGUAUUAUUACAAGAAGCAAAAGGAGAAUCACCUGCUCCUAGUAGUGGUGCUGGUGGUGGACCUGGUGGACAACCGCCUGCGAAUUUGGCUGAUGCUUUGUCGGCGGCUUUGAAUAAGAGAAAGGGAAGAGUUGCUAAAAGUGACGACGAAGAUGAUAACGAUUGGUAG